AUGGCUGCGACGGUUGUUCCCCAGAAGCGAGUGCUGGGCGAGUCCCGCACCGGCCAGAAUAUCUCUUCGCCAUCGAACAUCAAGAAGCGAAAGACCGACGUGGAUGAACCCGUACCGACACCUCGCUUCCUCAGCUCACAGAAACCUGUCGGGUCCAAGCUGGGAGCCGGCCAGCCCAAGAGCGCAUUCGAAUCCGAAGUUCUCGAGAAGCUCAGCCAAGACAUAUCAGAACGCAAGCAGAACAAUACAGAAAAGGACCAGGCAUGGGACCGGCCGCCGGUGACGGAUUUUGUCCCUUCUCGAGACAGCCUCACCUUCCAGUCCAUCGAGGCCGAGGAAGGCACUCUGGAUGGCGGCAAGGUCACCGUGAAGCUGUUCGGCGUGACGAUGGAGGGGCACUCCGUCAUGCUGCAUGUCACCGACUUCAAGCACUACCUUUAUGUGGCUGCGCCAAUGUCCUUCCAGCCAAAGGACUGCGCUCUGUUCAAGGCAUAUCUCGAGACGCAGGUCGCUCAGCACCAGCCUGCGAUCCACUCGGUCAGCUUGGCCAUGAGAGAAGACAUCUAUCACUACCAGGGCAACGUGCAGAGUCCCUAUCUCAAAAUCACAGUCACGGACCCCAAAUUUAUAAACUCGGUGCGAUCAACAAUAGAGAAGGGCUUUGCCAAUUGGAAAGGCAUGUGGGGGGUUUUGGACGGUGGUCUGAGGACGUAUGACAAUAUUCAAUACGUGCUGCGAUUCAUGGUUGAUUGCAAGAUUCAAGGCAUGUCGUGGGUGGAAGCCCCUGCCAGCAGCUACAGUCUGAUUCCAGAACACAGCAAGCAAUCCAACUGCCAGAUUGAAGCCGAAAUCAACUACGUCGACCUUAUUGCCCACAAGCCAGAAGGAGAAUGGGCCAAGAUGGCUCCUCUACGUAUCCUGUCCUUUGAUAUCGAGUGCGCCGGACGCAAAGGAAUCUUCCCCGAGGCCGACAUGGAUCCGGUUAUUCAGAUUGCAAACGUCGUGACCAAAUACGGAGAGAAGAAGCCCUUUAUCCGAAACGUCUUUUGCUUGGACACGACCAGCUCCAUUGUGGCCACGCAAAUCUUGGACUAUGAAAAGGAGGAGAAGAUGCUUCACGAGUGGCAGCAGUUCCUCGUUCGGGUCGAUCCAGACGUCAUUACCGGAUACAACAUUUCCAAUUUUGAUUUCCCCUACCUGCUUGACCGCGCAAAGCACCUCAAGGUGCAAGGCUUUGAAUACUGGUCGCGCAUCCCCAGCAAGCCUUCCAGGGUGAAGGAUACCAACUUUACAAGUAAACAAAUUGGUAGCCGAGACACCAAGACUACAAAUACCAAUGGCAGAUUACAGCUCGACAUGCUGCAGUUGGUCCAGCGAGAUCAUCACCUGCGAAGUUACACCCUCAACUCUGUGUGCUCACAAUUCUUGGGCGAGCAAAAGGAAGAUGUGCAUCACACCAUGAUUACAGAACUGUUCAACGGAACACCCGAGUCGCGACGUCGUCUGGCGCUUUACUGCUUGAAGGACGCCUAUCUUCCCCAGAGACUGAUGGAUAAGCUGUCUUGUAUGGAAAACUAUACAGAGAUGGCCAGAGUCACGGGUGUUCCUUUCAACUUUUUGCUUUCACGUGGACAGCAGAUCAAGUUCGUGAGCCAGCUUUUCCGAAAGGCGCUAGAACAGAAGCUGGUCAUACCUAAUAUUGCCCCUCAGGGGACAGAAGCCCAGUACGAAGGUGCAACAGUUAUUGAGCCAACGCGAGGAUACUACGAUGUGCCUAUUGCUACGCUGGAUUUUGCUUCUCUGUAUCCAAGCAUCAUCCAGGCACACAACCUUUGCUACACAACCUUGUUAAGACCAGGAGAUGCGGAGAGGUUCAAGCUCGAAAAAGACGUCGACUACAUCAUCACUCCCAACGGAGAUCAGUUUGUGACGGCCGCAAAGCGCAAGGGCUUGCUCGCUCAGAUUCUUGAAGAAUUGCUCUCUGCCAGAAAGCAGGCCAAGCGAGAGCUUGCCCAAGAGACGGAUCCCUUCAAGAAGGCUGUGCUGAACGGUAGACAGCUGGCUUUGAAAGUCAGUGCCAACAGUGUCUACGGCUUGACGGGUGCAACAACGGGAAAGCUGCCUUGUCUCGCAAUCGCAAGUAGUACGACCAGUUUCGGUCGUCAGAUGAUUGAGAAGACGAAACGAGAGGUGGAAGAGAGGUACAAUAUCGCAAAUGGCUACGCGCACGAUGCCCAGGUCAUUUAUGGUGAUACCGAUUCCGUCAUGGUCAAAUUUGGAACAAAGGAUCUCGCAGAGGCGAUGAAACUGGGCGAGGAAGCCUCCAAGUUUGUGUCGGACAAGUUUUUGAAACCAAUCAAGCUGGAAUUCGAAAAGGUCUACUUCCCGUAUCUCCUCAUCAACAAGAAGCGAUAUGCCGGCUUGUAUUGGACAAGGACGGAGAAAUACGACAAGAUGGACACCAAGGGUUUGGAAACAGUGCGGCGUGACAACUGCUUGCUAGCGCAGACGGUGAUUGAAAAGGUGCUGAGAAUGAUUCUUAUUGACCGAGACGUCCAGGGUGCACAAGACUACGUCAAAAAUACGAUUGCAGAUCUGCUGCAGAAUAAGAUUGACAUGUCGAAACUGGUCAUCACAAAGGCCCUGACCAAGGAGGACUAUGCAGCCAAGCAAGCGCACGUUGAGCUUGCACAGAGGAUGAAGAAGCGUGACGCCGGCUCGGCUCCUGGUCUUGGCGAUCGAGUGGCGUAUGUCAUGGUGAGGGGUGCGGCGGGAGCCAAAAACUUUGAAAAGUCGGAGGAUCCAAUCUACGUGCUGGAAAAUAACGUGCCGAUCGACACUAAAUACUAUUUGGACAACCAGUUGGCGAAGCCGCUUGGCCGUAUCUUUGAGCCCAUUCUGGGUGAGACAAAGGCCAGGUCUCUGCUGAAUGGAGACCACACGCGUAUCAUCUCGGUUGCUGCCCCCACGGUGGGAGGUCUGAUGAAGUUUGCCAAGAAGACGCAGACGUGCAUGGGGUGCAAGAAGCCACUCACAGGCCAGCACGAGAGUGCAGGCGCAGUUUGCAGCGAUUGCGCGCCGCGUGUCGGAGAGCUGUACAACAAGACGCUGGAUCGAGUAUCAGACCUGGAAGUGCGGUUCGGACGGCUGUGGACGCAAUGCCAGAGAUGCCAGGGCAGCAUGCACUGCGAGGUUAUUUGCAGUAGCAAGGACUGCCCCAUCUUUUACAUGCGCAUGAAGGCUAAGAAGGAUUUGGAAGACGCAGGCAAGGAGCUUUCCAGAUUUGAUGCAGAUCAAGCGGCUAUUUGGUGA